AUGGACGACAGGAUAUCUGAAUUUCCAAUACCUAUACUUCACCACAUUAUCUGUUAUCUCUCCCAGAAAGAAGCUGUGAGAACUUGUGUACUCUCCAAAAAAUGGCGCCACAUAGGAUCAACCCGGCCCAACCUCGACUUUUCUGAAGAAUGGUUCGACAAUACACAAGAAAAGUCUGUCUCCGUCGUUGAUCAAAAUUGCUCCAUACUUCAACACAUUCUCUUUCUCCUCUCCAGACCAUGGCGCCACAAAGGAUCAACUCGCCCCAACAAAGGGUUCAACACUACACAACAAAACUUUGUCUCCGUAGUCAACCGAACCUUACAAGGAUACUGUGAUCGAAACCUCUCCAUACACAAACUCUAUCUCGACUUAUCGUGGGUCUCACGACCGGUCGUCUCCCUUCUCGACAAAUGGAUUCCUAUAAUAGCGGCCCUCAACAUAAAAGCAUUGAAACUCACCUUUCUUUUAUAUACUCCAGCGUAUUACUACCUGCCCUCAGCAGUCUUGGCAACCGAGUCCCUCGAAGAACUACACCUGAGCAAUUGCAGACUGAGCCCGGUCGAGAGCGUGCGGUUUAAAAGUUUGCGCACGCUCACCCUCGACUUUGUCGAAGUUGAUGGCGGGACUCUUGAGAAGAUAACUUGGGGUUGCUCUUUGCUCAGGCGCCUCGUCCUUACCAAUUGUUGUGGGUUGAGAAACGUUAGGCUGAGCGAGACGACAUCGCCUGGGCUCAAGCACUUUGUAUUGCGUGAUUUUGAGAGGAUCGAAGGGCGUAGCAUCGAAAUCGAUGUCCCGAAUCUCGAGACGGUCAGCAUCCAGGGUACAUGGACUUGGUCUCACCGCCAAAGCACAUUCUUGUUCUCUCGUCUCACGAUUUUGCAUCUCUAUAGUGUGAUCCUGUCGAGUGAGUCGUUCGACCUCUUAUCGUUCGGCUGCCCCACUCUUGCAAUCUUGACCAUAGAUAAUUGCUCCGGUUUCGAGGAAUUCCAUCUUGCAAGUGAUUCGGUCAAGUGGUUGAGCAUCUCGACCACAGAAACAUUGCUUAAAGGAGCUUCCAUUUGUGCCGCGAACGUUGUCUAUUUUAUGUUCACUGCCCAUAUUACCCAGGUGCUGGACACAUUCUCUUUCACGACCACUACUUCCAAGAAGUGGUACUCAUAUGUAAGCCUCUCUUCACGUGAGGUAGAUCCCGAUUUCGACGUCAAUUGGUGGUUCCUUAAUCUGAGACGAAUGCUCAAGGCACUAAGUGGGUCUCGAAUUUCUCUGAGUCUGGAGAUGGACGGCGGCCCUCUGAACGUGCCGUGCAAUGAUGCCGACUGCAAUCAUCUUCUAGGCAACCAUCGGCCUGUGGUGGUGGACAGUUUGGAAUUUAGUACUAGUAAAUGUCGAACGGCAUCUUGGUACUCGGGCUUUGUGAAUGGUUUGUUUCGUGUUUGUCGACCGAGGCAUAUAUGGUGUUGUAGGCUCGUGAGCAAGUCAGCCAGGAACAAGCACAGGCUCUCAGAGUUUCAGUUCAACAUCUUGCUUGCAAACGAGAGCCUCGGGACCGAGCCCUUCUUUUGGCGGCACGAUCUGGAGCAAGUGCACGUGAAAACCGUCAAUGAGAAAAUAUGGCAACUCGUGCAGUGGACGAACCUUUUGAAAUUGAGAAACAGGACAUAUGAUGGGAUAAUGUGCCUUGAGUUGAAAUGGAGAGGUCAGAAGACGACAUAA